AUCCAAGAGAGAAAACGCAUUGUUGUUUUCUUUUCGGAAUCGACUUUUUACGAUUGAUUCGGCGGAUUUUCGGCACGGAAACGACAAUUGUUAUUUCCAAAGUGUUGAAAUUUAUUCUCCGAGGCGGUUCGCUUGCCACGGUUCGUCCAGAGUGAGCGAAAUCGGGCGAAAAACAGAAUGUCCAGCCCGGACGAGGUGGACGAGCAGCAGCUGCACCUGCGAUGGAACAACCACUCGAGCACGGUGAUGGAGGUGCUGAACGAGCAGUUCUCGCGCCAGGACCUCGUCGACGUCACCCUCUCCUGUCAGGGCAGCCACUUCCGGGCGCACCGCGUCGUCCUCUCCGCCUGCAGCCCUUACUUCCAAGACAUCUUCAACAACCACAACACGCCGCACCCCAUCGUCAUCCUGAACAACAUGAGCAGUGCGCACGUGAAGGCGCUGCUGGACUUUAUGUACAAAGGUGAAAUCCGAGUGGUGCAGACCGAGCUGGAGGGUUUUCUGCAGAUCGCCGAGGCGCUGCAGGUCAAGGGCCUGUGCAACAUUCGCACGCGCAUCGUGUUGAAGCGGCAAAAGUCGGAGCAGCGCGACGACGAGCCCAAGUCGAAGCAGGCCAAGUGCGAGUCGAGCGAGGAGAGCGCCGAGGAGGCCUCGCCCCCACCCUUAGUCACGAAAACCUCCAAAGUUCCUCCGGCCGUCCACGCCGCACACUCGCCUGACACCGACCUCGCCUCGAUGAUCAAGGUCGAGCCACCCGACAUCACGGACAUCGACGCCUGCUCUCCGCAAGACAAGGAAGAGGAACCCAGAGUGAUUGUUGAUCUGCCUGUAGUGUCUGAAAAGGUGACCACCAUAACCACCACCACGUUUCGCCCCUUGAAAGGUCGGCCGAAGCGAGGGGAAAUGAGCGAGGAGAGUGUGGCCGGGGCGGGGAAAAUCCGUCGUCCGCCGAACGCGUUCAUGGUUUUCGCCAACGAGUGGCGGCGAAAGCUGGCCGUGGAGAACCCGAGCGAGAGCAACAAGGACAUCAGCAUCCGGCUGGGCGUGAUGUGGAAGAGUCUGAGCGCCGGCGACAAGCAGAGCUACUACAACGCGGCCAAGAAGGCCGACAUCGAGCACAAGCAAAAGUACCCCAACUACUACUACAGCCCCAAGGAGGCGCGCGAGGCCCUGCUCAGGAAGAAGCUGACCAAGAAGAAGCCCUGCUUCGAGGCCACCCAACUCGUGCGCGUCCUCAUGCCCGUCGGCGACGACGACCAAGACGAACUCGACUCGUAGUCACUUCUUAAUUCAUUUAAAAAAACGAGUGGUUUAAUGAAAAAAAAAAGAAA